AUGUUCAACGACCUCAUCGCGGUCCGCUUGGUGAAGGGUGACUUUGCCUGUCUCGACGUACUCCAGGGCCUCCUCGUCCAUCUCGCCUGGCCAAAGAACCCGAAACGUUGGAACGUUGAGGGGAUGAGCACUUCACAAGACUAUGUCGACUCAUUAGAUGAACGUAGGACGUUUCUUGGAACGUAUUAUCUUUCUUCAUGCACGAGUAUCGUGCUCCAGAAGCUUCGCAUAGUCACCCUUUCGAGUUACAUCACCGAAACUGCUGAGAAGCUAGCGGAGAUCUCUGAGUACCCUACUGAUCAGUACCUUCCGUACAUCAUCAGCCUACAGCGGUUAGCCGAAGAUAUUGAUGACAUUGUGAAGAAUGAGUCGACAUUAGAUCCUAUGCAGAUUCAAGCUGCAGUAUCAGAAGCUAAGGAAAGGGUCGACGUGUUCAAGGGCGGGCUGACCUUCGCUCUUGGCGAUUGUCCAAUCUUGGUGCCUCAAUUACACACAAUUCAGCUCUGCCUGAACCAGCUGUCUCUACCAGAAACGCCUUUUGGUCUCAACAACCCGCAAAACGCCCCAAUGCAGCGGUUCAUUGCAGGUUUAUCCGAGAGCAUAGUAUCGGCCAAAUCGCUCGUUAGUGUCCUCCUCCAUACGCCUCAUGGACAAGAGGUCUACUUCCCGAACAUAGUCUGGGUAAUGCUGCAUUGUGGCUUCACUCUAGCCGCACGGCUGGAUCUGCUAGCUGCGGAUCCCCGGGUAGGGUUCAUGGCGGAGCACUUGAGGCAAUUUGCAGACAUUGCACACACCAUCCGCCAGGUCGUGCUCAGGCUCGACGCCGCAAGUUCACCAGACCUUGAUGACAGAGGCGACCGCGACAGUUUCUACCACUUUGCGAUUCGUGCAAAACGGGUCGAGAAGUUUUACCUCCAUGCUCAGAGUCAGGCUGCUGCUCAGCAAGCACAAGCCCAGCAGCAAGAAAUUUCGCCCCAUAGUAUUCACGCCAGCCUACCAGCGUCUACCGCAGGAUUCACAACCAUGGGGACACCAAGCUCAGAUUUUUCAAACCAAAACCCAAGCCUGGAUUACACGGUUGCGUCUUCCAUGUUCUCGCAAAACAUGGUGCCGUCGGGCGGAAAUGUCGCGUACCCGGACUUUUCUAUGGCCAACACCGCGACACUGGUCUCGAACCCCGAUUUCGUCAUGGAUACCCUCUCUUUCUUACCAGAUUCUUUCAUUCCUUUCAGAGGUUGGGGCAACGGCAUGAGCAGCGAACACAGUGGCGGAGCACAGUUUUAG